AUGUCAGAGGAUAUGGCCGCUGAUGGCUACAUGGAGAUAAUAAACAUUGACAUUUCUUCGGUUAUAAUUGAGAUGAUGAGGAAGAAGUACUUUGAUCUUGCACAGCUACAAUACAUGCAAAUGGAUGUUAGGGAUAUGAGUAAAUUCUCUGACGAAUCAUUUGAUUGCGCCAUUGAUAAAGGUACUUUGGACUCUUUGAUGUGUGGUGUGGAGGCUCCUCUCAGCGCAGCUCAGAUGGUCCUGGAAGUGGACAGGCUACUUAAACCAGGGGGAGUCUUUAUGCUGAUAACUUAUGGUGACCCAUCAGCGCGAAUUCCUCACUUGAACCAACCAGUAUGCAGUUGGAAAAUUGUACUGUACAUUCUGCCAAGAUCUGGAUUCAAGGGAAACAUAAGAAGAUCUGUCUUCGACCCUGUUCCACUGACUGAGAGUGGUAGAUUGCCUGAGGGCUUUGUUCUGGAGGAUCCUGACUCUCAUUAUAUUUAUGUUUGCAAAAAGGGCCAAGAAUUAACAGGGAUAGAUUCUCCAACCUUAAGCCACUUGAAGUUGCAAGAUUCCGAGUGAGCUGUAGGAUAAUUCAUCUCACAAUAUUUGUGCAUUGUUGUGAUCCUUACAAGAUCAAACAGCGUGAUGCUGCCACCAUUAUGGCCAUCCAAAAAUAGAAAGUGUGCCUUUGCACGAGUAUACAUUUUUUCAGUGAUCUUGUAAGAAUCAUCAAGUUAUUAUAUUGUGUUACCACUGGUUGUAAUGCGGUGCUGGAAGGAGGAUAUGAUUGUUUGGCACAUUUGAGGAACAGAAUUUGUCCCAGUUUCA